AUGACUGGGUUAGGGAUAGUCCGCUGUCGGAACAGGCUCUACGCGCCGCUGGACGACGAUCGAUCCUAUGUCGAUGUGGGGAUUGAGGCGUUGGAGGAAUGGAGACUGUGUGGACCAUCGGGAUCCCGCUGGUGCUUCGGUUUUCACAACUCAUGCUGGAAAGUGCUCCUCCUUCGGCUCGGCCAUGGGCAGAAGGAUUAUAUCCCGAAUGAGCUCACCAUCGCAACGUCGGUCUUCCACCAGCUUUAUUGCACCCCUUGCAUCGAUGCCUCCUGGUUCCAAUUCGGCCACUACUAUCAGGGCGCUGCGCAAACCCACGUAUCGUCGGGUCGGAUAAAGCCAGUGGGUCUGGGCUCACCUUUCUAUGCGGACCCCAACGCGAUUCCUUCCGCGGAUGACUUAGAAGCCAGUGCGACGGGCGCUGGACGCAAUGAAAAGCGGCAUCCAGUCCCGUAUCCCGAGGGUGUGAGAACAGGAACACGCGGCAAGCUCGGACCGCCCCAGCGCCAUGUCUUCGACAGGCUCUCGCCUGAGCUGCGUUUGGAGAUAUUUACAUAUCUAUCCUUUCCUGAUGUCCUCAGAACGAGACUCGUGUGUCGAGGUCUAGCUCUCAUCACCAACCUCCCGCAGUCUUACUGGCGCAGUAGGUUUUUGCUUGGUCAGGAAGCCGACUUCCUUUUCCCGAGACUUACGUCUGCACGAGACUGGUCUCGCCUUUUCUUCGCAACUCGGGCAUCCCUCAGGGCCAAAUUGCCGCCUUUAGUCAACCGAAGAAGAACCCGGCAGCUUCUGGAACCCAUUGCCGCCCUUGUAGAGCUAGCCACUGUAUCGCGGACCGGUCCACACGGUUCUGUCAUGGAUUCGAGGCAAAUUCAAGGCAGCCAUCCUCUACUAGAGGAUGGCCAGAGCGCCGGAAAACAGCCUCGCUCCAUGGAGAUGGCUGGCUCUUUUUCCGGUCAGAUAUCCUCUGUUGGCAUGGACAGCCCCUUGAAUGAAGGAUGUCGCGUGCUUUACCAUAGGUCACAAUCAUUGAUGCCUCCAUAUCCACAGCCGUCGCAGCGAAUAGGGGUCUCAAUCGUUCAGAUUGGUGCGCGACGAUUUGUAUCUGAGAUAAACGUACUUUCGGGCCCAGUCGGAUAUUGCACGCCAACUUCCGAAACCUCGAUAGAGAUGCCAUCCACUCUCCACAUAAAAGCUCUCUGUGUGGCGUUUUGCUCGGAAGGUCUCACAGGAAUCAAGUUCCUCUUCACAGAGCACGAGGAGUUGACACUUACUACUCUUUUACCAUCUCUACCUCCCCGUCAUUUUGAACCGCUAACCAAUAUUGACUUUGGUGGUCCAAGAGGUCUCCUCUUAGGGUCUCUAACGAGGCUUGCGUUUCACAUGGCAUCCGGCCCUCACCCGCUCAUUGGAAUAGAGAUAUUCUACUCGGAUGGAAAGGAGAGCGUCUCGACAAACUAUGAACGAGCCGCCACUUUCGCCCCUCUCCAUUAUUGCCUUAACGCCACCAUUGAGCCAGUACGAAUUUCACCGCCCAGCAACAUCGUUACUGGAUUCGUUGCACUUUGGGAAGGCAACUAUCAGACAUACGCAUCACUCAGGAACGUCCGGCAGAUUUGGGCAUCCCGGGGCGUUCGAGGCCGGUCCAGAGCCUCCAAUUGCAUAUCCGGAUUGAAGCUGGAGUAUCAUGGCCAUGCAAGCCCCGGCGUAGUGGGCCAAUGGAUGGAAGAACUCGAUGAUAGAUUUGAGCUCUCCCCAGAUGAGGAAGUCCAAUCAUUGAUCAUCUGGCUCACUCCGAUAGGCUUCUCCAAUGAGUGCCCCGGGAUGGAAGUCGGGCAAGCCGUCGCGAUCCAUAUCAAGACGACGCACUCCCGCAGUGUGACAUUUCGCUCCCCGGAGUUUCACUCCCUUCCACCCCGAAGGCAGCAAUACCAGUACCAUAGCACCUCCGAUGAGAAGCUGACGGCCAUUUCCUGGAUACUAAAUGAAUCCUCCGAUCUUAUCCGAGGAGCAAGGUCUGCGAAUGCAAACCCACGCCAGCGUCGUUCGAUCUUGGUCCCAGAACAACAAGCUCCUUUUGAUCAGGUACAGAAACUGUACUUCGAGGCACAGAGUGACAAUGACCGUAGAGAGACCAUCGUCACCGCCGAGGCCUACUUCCACAAUCAGACUAUCGUCGGGCUUGCUUUUGUCUACACUUCUGGUACACGGGCCAGCAUUGGCGAUGUCAAUACGGACGCCAGCCAAAGGAUUCACUUUGAGCCAGAUGCUGGUGUCAUUGGCUUAUCGGCUGCUGUCACCGCGCGCGAACUAGUGGCGGUCGAGUUCGAGGUCGCAGGGAAUGAAGAGACUCGGCAUACAAAGCUGACACUCUCGAUCGAUGACGCGGUCCAUCCCGUCAAGUAUGACUGGCGGGAUGUGUGGUGUAAGGAGGAUAUAUCUGCGGAAAGCUACCAGCGGCUCCUUGAGUGCAACAGAGGGGUAUACAAGGCCCCGAGUAAGUCGAGGCUGGUUGGGGUCUAUGUGGGAUGUGAAAACAUCGCUCGUGUUGGAGCAUUGUACGAGCCAGAGCUUUCUUAACGACGAGCAAAGAGCUCUUCAUUAAAGUCAGUACCAAUAGUAACCGCCCCCACUGCUGGGCUGGUCUCGUCAAGGCUCAACACGCGCCCUUUACC